ACUCUUCCGUAGCCAAUGGGGGAUGCGGAGACGCGGGGAGAUGCUGCUUCUCUUGGCAUCAAUCACAAUGCUUUGAUAUUGAAUUGAAACCGCCAUGCCCCAAAUUCAUGAGAAUGCACUCCAGGAGGCUAGGGUUUCUCUUAGCAUCGUGCGCCAGAAGAUCGUCACUGCCUGCCCUGCUGCCCGAUACAAAAUCCGCUGCCGUUGCGCGCCCGCGCAAUGGCCGAUUUUUCAUUGCAGUGCCAACGAGCAGUAGAAUUGUUUUGUUCAAUUUCCUGUUCUCCGGACGCCGAUCGUUUUGCGGGGGAUACGCCGUCGAGCAGUUCUCCGAUGACGACUAUGACUGUGACUACGACAAUCAUAAGGCGUCAUCCUCGGUUGCCAAUAUCGAUGAAUGGAAAUGGAAACUUAGCUUGCUAUUACGCAAUGAACAAGAACAGGAAAUUUUGUCCAGAGAUAAAAGAGACAGGAGAGAUUAUGAGCAAAUAUCUAACCUUGCCAAAAGGAUGGGGCUUUAUUGCGAAAUGUAUGGAAAAGUGGUGGUUGCUAGCAAGGUUCCUCUUCCGAAUUAUAGGCCUGAUCUUGAUGAUAAACGGCCUCAAAGGGAGGUGGUUAUCCCUCUAAGCUUGCAAAGGAGAGUAGAAGGUUUGCUGCAGGAACACCUUGAUAGACUGCAAUUGAGUUCUGAAAAGGUCUGUAGCUCCUCAGCUGAGGCCAAGGCCACCGAGGAGGUUGAAGAUGUAAAUCCAGAUGAUGGUCCUGAUUCUUUGCUAGAUAGAUCUGUUAUGGAAAAAGUUCUUCACAGGCAGAGUUUGAGAAUGCGUAACAUGCAGAGAGCUUGGCUGGAAUCCCCGGAAGGCAUGAGGAUGCUAGACUUCCGCAGAUCUCUACCAGCAUUCAAGGAGAAGGAGAGGCUGCUGCAGGCAAUUGCAAGAAACCAGGUUAUUGUCAUCUCUGGAGAGACUGGAUGUGGUAAGACCACUCAACUUCCUCAGUAUGUAUUGGAGUCAGAGAUUGAAUCUGGUCGUGGAGCAUUCUGUAAUAUAAUUUGUACGCAACCUCGAAGAAUAUCAGCAAUGGCUGUUGCAGAAAGAGUGUCUACUGAGAGGGGUGAACCUCUUGGUGAUUCAGUUGGCUACAAAGUUCGGCUAGAAGGAAUUAAAGGGAAAAACACUCAUUUGCUUUUUUGUACAAGUGGUAUUUUACUGCGACGGCUGUUGAGUGACCACAACCUGAAUGGUGUAACCCAUGUGUUUGUUGAUGAAAUUCAUGAGCGAGGCAUGAAUGAAGACUUUCUAUUAAUUGUGUUAAAGGAUCUUCUUCCACGGCGGCGAGAUUUAAGAUUAAUUUUAAUGAGUGCUACUUUGAAUGCUGAGUUAUUCUCUAAUUAUUUUGGAGGAGCACCAACAAUCCAUAUUCCGGGCUUCACAUACCCUGUGAGAGCACAUUUUCUGGAAGAUGUACUGGAAAUAACUGGAUAUAAGUUGACUUCUUUCAAUCAAAUUGAUGAUUAUGGCCAAGAGAAGAUGUGGAAAACACAACGACAGCUAGCACCUCGGAAACGGAAAAAUCAGAUAAAUGCACUUGUUGAGGAUGCUCUUAAUAAAUCAAAUUUUGAGAAUUAUGGUGCCAGGACACGUGAUUCACUUUCAUAUUGGGCUCCUGAUUCUAUUGGUUUUAAUCUUAUUGAGGCUGUGUUAUGCCAUAUAUGUCGGAAGGAGCGGGCUGGAGCUGUCCUAGUGUUUAUGACUGGCUGGGAGGACAUUAGUUGUUUGAGGGAUCAACUUAAAGCUCAUCCUCUGUUAGGGGAUCCUAACAGGGUUUUGCUGCUUACUUGUCAUGGUUCAAUGGCAACAUCUGAACAAAAACUCAUAUUUGAGAAGGCACCACCUAAUGUACGUAAAAUAGUACUUGCUACAAAUAUGGCAGAGGCAAGUAUUACUAUCAAUGAUGUAGUGUUUGUUGUUGAUUGUGGAAAAGCAAAGGAAACCACUUAUGAUGCUUUGAAUAAUACCCCUUGUCUCCUACCAUCAUGGAUAUCACAAGCUUCUGCACGGCAGAGAAGGGGUAGGGCUGGUCGUGUGCAGCCAGGCGUUUGCUUUCAUCUUUACCCACGAUGUGUUUAUGAAGCUUUUGCUGAAUAUCAACUUCCUGAACUUCUAAGAACUCCUUUGAACUCCCUCUGCUUGCAAAUAAAAAGUUUGCAGGUUGGAAGUAUAGGAGAUUUUCUGUCAGCUGCUUUGCAGCCACCAAAACCAUUGGCUGUCCAAAAUGCUAUUGAUUUUUUGAAGAUGAUUGGGGCAUUAGAUGAGAAUGAAAGUCUUACAUAUCUUGGACGGUUUCUUUCACUGCUGCCUGUGGAUCCCAAGCUAGGAAAAAUGCUAGUAAUGGGUGCUAUCUUUCGUUGCUAUGAUCCUGUUCUAACAAUUGUUGCUGGACUUAGUGUCAGGGAUCCUUUUCUUUUGCCUCAAGAUAAAAAGGAUUUAGCAGGGACGGCAAAGUCAAGAUUUUCUGCAAAGGACUACAGUGAUCAUAUGGCACUUGUCCGUGCAUAUGAAGGAUGGAAAGAUGCAGAAGGAGAAGGAUCAGCAUAUGAGUAUUGCUGGAGAAAUUUCCUUUCUGCCCAAACACUUCAAGCCAUCCAUUCUCUUAGAAAGCAAUUUAGCUUCAUUUUGAGGGAUGCUGGGCUGCUAGAUGCUGAUACUGGGACUAACAAUAAAUUAAGUCACAACCAAUCACUGGUUCGUGCAAUUAUAUGUUCUGGCCUCUUUCCUGGAAUAACAUCUGUAGUGCACAGAGAGACAUCCAUGUCUUUCAAAACAAUGGAUGAUGGCCAGGUCUUGCUCUAUGCGAAUUCAGUGAAUGCGCAUUACCAGACAAUUCCCUACCCAUGGUUGGUUUUUGGCGAAAAAGUGAAAGUCAAUACAGUCUUCAUUCGUGAUUCAACUGGUGUUUCUGAUUCUAUCCUGAUACUUUUUGGCGGUGCUCUUGACUUUGGAGUUCUGGCUGGACAUUUGAAAAUGUUGGGAGGAUAUAUUGACUUCUUCAUGGAUCCUUCUCUGGCGGAGUUCUAUGUGAAGCUCAAAGAGGAGCUUAAUAAGCUUCUGCAGAAUAAGCUCCAAGAUCGGAGCCUUGACAUCCACAAGGAAGGAAAGUACCUCAUGCUUGCUGUUCAGGAAUUGGUAUCUGGAGAUCAGUGCGAAGGAAGGUUUGUAUUUGGUCGUGAAAGCAAGAAGCCUAAAGCGCCUAGUGACAGCGAGAGAUUUACAAGGGAUGGGACGAACCCCAAGAGCCUGCUACAAACCCUGUUGAUGAGGGCAGGUCACUCACCGCCCAAGUACAAGACCAAGCAUCUCAAAACAAAUGAAUUCCGAGCUCUGGUUGAGUUUAAGGGAAUGCAAUUUGUGGGGAAGCCCAAGGAAAGCAAACGGCAUGCAGAGCGGGAUGCUGCUAUAGAAGCAUUGGCCUGGUUGACUCAUACCUCUGACAAAAGUUGGGAUGAAGGUGAUAACUCCCCGCCCGACGUCACAGACAACAUGAUGAAACUUCUCGGUAAGCGCAGAAGAUCAAAAGGCAGGCCUAGUUGAUGAUUCAUUCUUGCCAAUGGAUCUUUUGGCAGCCGCAGGCCCAGAGAAUGAGGUAAAUCAUCGCUCAUCACGAUGCACGAAGAUGAUGCUAUUGCACCUGGUUUUGCUGAACGAACAUGCUGAAACUUAUUGGAUGCAGCCAGAUGGAAGUGUCAAAUCCAUUACCUGUCCUGCCCUACAGCUUCUGCUCUGUAACUGGAGACCAGGUGACAGGGCAUACAUUUUGAGUGGCAAAAGCGUAGACAUAGGCACAUUAGCCAAUCAAGAUAGCAUCAUCAAAUUGGUUUACACUCGUGGAUAGUAUGACAAAGGAUCACCUAAGCAACUGUCAAGCAUCAUAUUAUUAGAAUAUUAGAUCUUAGAUCCUAGUACAAGAGAUGCUACCAAGGGACUGCUCUCUGUAGUAUUUGAGGGUAUUUUUUUAGUGUAAAAGAAUUCUGUUAUUAUGAUAAAUAUGCUGCAUAUUUGUCCA